UUAGUCCUACACACACAAACUGAAUAAGUAUGAUAUGAAUGCGGAAUGUUUUGCUUAUCAUGAUCAGGUGAUAAUACCCGAAAUUCCUUGCAUUCUACCACAUUUUGCAAUCAGAGGGACAACUGUUUUAAAGCUGUGAUGCUGAGAUAAUUUACAACCAUUURUAUAAGAUUGUAUUUACAGAUUCAUUUAGGAUACUCUGACAUUUAGAUUGUUACUCGCAUAAAAUCGCUCSAUGAUAAAACGUCGUAUUUCCAAGUGAAAUUUAUCUGUUUUUUUUUUAAAGUACAACUCAACUGAAACUGAAAUGUCAAACUGAGUAUCCUUCAAAUGUACAGCGAGUUUCUUUAACACCCUAAAGUGCUUCAGCUCAUGUUGAUCUUAAAAGCUGAAACUUAAGUGGUUUAUAGAUCAGCACAUCUCGUGUCUUACAUCAGAACGGUACAUUUGUCACUGAGCCUGCAAAUAGUUUGGAUUGAAAAUUCAGUCAUUUGAAUCGAGAAAUGGCCGGUUUGUAUUACGUGAUGUUCCUGUUAUGUACUGCCGCCUUUCUACARGAUACGAUGCAACAACGUCGUCACGGCGGUGAUUCGUCUUCAAACAGUCAUGAUGAUGCAUCAAGGGCAUGUCCAAAAAUCAAGAAGGCUAACUGCUGGGGACCGUGUCUCCCMGGCAUUCCAGGAAUCCCCGGUCUGCAAGGAUCCCAGGGUCGUGACGGUAAAGAUGGYCAGGUAGGUCCAGUCGGACCACCCGGCACUCCAGGAAAACCCGGCCAACGUGGAAGUCCUGGCCAUCAGGGGAAACCCGGUCCAAAAGGGGACCCCGGCAUUAGURCAUCGUUAUCCAACUGGAAAGAAUGCUCGUGGAAAAACAUAAACGAUGGCAAAGACARUGGUAAAAUCAAGGAUUGUCUCUUCACAAAGAAACGYUCUGAUACAACCCUCCGUGUCUACUGGAACGGCGCACUGAGGAUUUACAACUGUGACACUUGCUGUAAACGAUGGUUCUUCACUUUCAAUGGCGCUGAAUGCUCAAGUCCUGGCUCCAUUGAUGGUGUUGUCUACACGUGGAAAGGAAAAGGAAUCGAUGAUCUUCACCGCGUCCGCCAUAUUGCAGGUCAUUGUCACGCCGUCCACAAGGGCGUUGUCCGCGUUGGUUUUAACGUGGGGAAUUGUAACGGGUAUGGUACCGCUGACGCUUAUACAGGAUGGAACUCUGUCAGCCGUGUCUUUGUAGAAGAAGUUGAACCUCCACAGAAAUAAAAUAAGCUACUAUUGUUUCACUAUUGUCAUUUGUGGAUGUUAAAUUGGUUAAUCACGCAAAGAAAUAUGUCUUAAACUUCAACUGUAACCACAAAAGAAUAAAAUCAGUUAUACGUA